AAAUCUGUCCUUAAUUCGCAACAUAACCUAGAAAAAAAAAUUUUUAAGUUUGUUUCUGCGUGAAAAUCAAAGGAUAUUCAGAGAAUCCGAACGAAAAAUCAGUAAAAGAAGCACGAAGGAAUGGAAUAUUAUAGAUUUUUCGACUGCCUUUAGCUGUACACCACUUCUGACUGUAUUAUCUCCCCCUUGGUGGAAGUUUCAAUUAAAUUUCAACACGAUUUAUGGUGGUCAAAGGGACAAAAAAGCCAGUCGAGAGUGCGUAAGAUGAAAGGCAGAAUGACGUAUUGAUGCUUGAGAGUUUGUUUAUUUCACUCAUUUUGCUCUCAAAAAUAUUGUUUUGAUAUUGUUGCACAUUUGACAACAACAUUUUCCACACAGGAAGCAUUAAAUUUUAACGCCAGAGAAUUUUAUGUGAAAAAAAUGCAACUCAAAUGAACUUUUCACUAUUCUUUUCAUACUUGACACGAAAAAGAGAAAAAAAACCUCCGACGGGAGAUUUGCUUGGCCCAAGAGUUGUAAUUACGAUUAGAUCAGACGAUUAAUUACAGCUUUUGGACUCAUGCAAGUUGCAAAAUGCCCGUUUUUCAAUGCUUGCCAGAGUUGAGAAUCAUCGUGAAUGGAGUGGAAGUGAAUUGAGAGGAGAUAAGAGUAAUCAGAGACACUUCAGAGUGUGAUAAAUUGUGUGGUGCUUUCAGGUGUUGCUCUUAAAUUCAUCGAGAUUCGGCGAAAUGCAGAUAAAUUGAACCAUUGAUAGCAUUUGAGGCAUUUAGUAAGAGGAAUUUGAGGGAAGAUUUGCUAUUCAGAGCCAUGAGAAUGUUCGGAAGCAAAGGCCAACGAUGCCGAGCGGAGUUUCACUGCAGACAAUGUGGCUUCAAUCAUGAUCCUCCUGAGGAUUUGGUUCGAUCACAGUGGCAACGGCGGAACAAGAGCGGGCUUUACCUGGUCUACAGAUGGCUCAUCGCGGCGCUCUUCAUCGCCGCCGUGGCGGUGAGCAUGAGCGGCAACGCCACAGCCUCCGACUGGGGCUUCUACUUCAUCUACCUGACCAACUGGGGCAUCGUCGCGUGCAUGGUGACGACGACAAUGGGCGCCAUUCUCGUCUCCCUUUGGCACUUUCAUCCACAAUUCUCCGCACGCGUGGAAGUGGAAGGAGUCGUCCCAACGGCGUUCAAAGUCUACUGGGCAUUGCACAACUCCACCUUGGUCAUGUCAAUCAUUAUCACAAUUAUCUACUGGUCGAUCCUCUUCGACGCUGAAAUCCACAUCGCCGAUGCCACAAAUGUCAUGACGCACGCCACCAAUUCCGUCUUCAUGUUCCUGGACAUCCUGAUCGUGGCCUAUCCUGUCAGGAUUUACCACGCCGUCCAUAGUCUGAUCUUCGGCCUGAUCUACGUCAUCUUCUCCGUGAUCUACUUCGCCGCCGGCGGCACCACGAAGUCAGGCGCCACGUACAUCUACAGCGUGCUGGAUUGGAAUGAUCCUGGCAGCGCGAUGAUCACAGUUGUGGGCGUGUGCGCCCUGGGGAUCAUCAUCCACACCAUUCUCUACUUGAUCUACCUGCUGCGCACGUGGAUCUUCAGGCGGUACUUCGAGAAGGAGGAAAUCAUGCCCACAACGUCGCCCGCCAGCACACUUCCCGGCCACGGAAUCUCGAUGGUUCUGGGGCAAUUUGGCCAGGACAAUCGCGCCUUCACCACAAGCACAGAGAAGCUCUCGUACACCACGGAAAAGUACUGACGCGGCGUCAGUGGAUCGGUUUAGCUUUAGCCUCCUUUUUACCAUAUUCGAGACAGGGUUAGUGAAUUUAGCUAAUAUAUUAAGUGCUAAUAAACCGUCAAUUCUUUUGGGGGCCGAGAAGAGAGUCACUCUUCUCGCCAAUACUCUCGACAUUCAUUCACGAUGCUACCUGUAUUUUAUAAGAUGAUUUAGUAUUUAGUGCUGUGAUUAUUAUUUAAUGUACUUAAUAAAAAAAACCCGUGUAAGUUAAUCUGCGUGACCUUUCAUUGACGCUGCGCGAUCAUUCUGGGUUACUAUAAUGCGCGCUGUGAGGUUUUCCGUGGCCAUUCAUGCAUUCGGACGAGCUUCGAUGGUGCAGAAAGUGAAGUGGAAUUGAUUCGUGAAGGUGAUUUUCACGAUCAAGAAUUGGGUGAAAUUCUUUCCGCUGUGCUUUACAAAAAAAAGCACCAUUUAAUUAACAAAUCCUCAACUUGAUUUCACACACUGUGUUGAGAAAAUUUAUUAUGAGGAAAAGAAAGUUGUAGAACAUUUUCAUUUUGGGGAUUUUCGCGCAACUUUAUGAUGAAUUUCACCAACAGACAAGGGAAAAAUCACUGGCCAAUUUAAUAAAAAUAAUCAAAAAAUUAUUAUUUUCGACAAAAUACUUCAAUAAAUCAAAUCAUAUUUCAAUAUAUUGAGGAGUUUGAUUUUUUUUCUCUACAUAUCGCCGCCAGAUGGCAGCAAAGUUGGCGUGGGGGACGCUAAUAAUAUCGCUUUUUCCGUAUAAUUUUCUCUUUUCUCACGCAUUUUCCUACUUUAUGACUUCCUGGCGUGAUUCUGGCCAGGAAAGAAAGAGAUUUGAACACGAAAAUUAAGCUUUUCGCGUAGAAAAAGCCCAGUUUCAUCAUCAGCUGAUCAAGUUUGAAAGUCAUGUAGAAGUUUAGAUUGUAUUUUCCAAAGACAAAUGUGACUUUUUCAGUUAUUCAACAUUACCAAAUUAUUUAGAGGCGUUUCAUCCCCCAAAUUGGCUCAUUGUUCAAAUUGUGAUACUAAACUGCUGCCCUCUAGCGACAAUUUGUGUAGAAAAUAAUCAAACUUUAAAUAAGUGAUGCGAUUUUCCCCUCAAAAAUAAAGAGAAUUGCUUAGAAUCUCUUGCAUGAAAAUUUGAUAAGACUUUUCUUGUCAUUUCCUCUUUCUUCCUUCAGAACUUUGGGCGUUUGAGCCGAAAGCAUUGAAGCAUUCUCAGAGUGGAAACUUUCCUCAAACAACAUCGAGACAAUGCAAGAGUGCAAGAACCGAACACGCAUUUGUGAUGCAAACACGCCGCGCGUUGUCACUUAGUCUGCACUCAAGGAAAUUCCAUCCAGAUGAAUAUUUACCCAUUCAAAGUGACUCUAAUUACACUCUCUGGCAGUUAAUUGCGCUCAGCUGCACAAUGUUUAGUAGAUCUUGAGGACAACUGAACACAAUCGAAGGACU